CAUAAUCAAUAUCCAAUUCAUCAGAUAUUGUAUUGGUGCAUAGAGUCACAUAAAAAAGCUAAUUAAGAAAUUAGUAGAAAAUACACACAUAAUGAAGAAUUUCUCUAACUAUGUGAUGGCCGUAGCGGUGGCCAUCUCACUGUUUUUUCUGGUGGUAGUAUCUCCACCAGUAGAAGCAGUGACAUGUAGUCCCCUACAGUUAAGUCCAUGCUUGGCAGCAUUCACGUCGGAUACUCCGCCGUCGAGCACAUGCUGCCAAAGGCUGAAGGAGCAGAGGCCAUGCCUUUGUGGUUACCUCAAGAACCCUAGCCUAAGGCAGUAUGUUAAUUCUCCCGCUUCUAGAAAAAUUGCUAGCUCUUGUGGUGUUCCCUUCCCCACAUGCUAAUUAUUAUUAUAUUAAAAUAAAAAUAGUAAUUACUUCAUAUGAAUAGUAAUAUAUAUGUUAUCUUAGCUUCGUUGUGUGAUGUAUCUUAUAUAUAUGGCCCAUUAAGAAAAUAAUUAUGUUCAAGGGAUGUACUGGCUUGAACACUAUGAAUGAAAUACUUUAAUAUACAAUGAAGGAAUUUGCCUUAAUGAAUAUAAUUAUAUAUGCUA